AUGGUGCGUGUGGUGGUCGCCGCGGCGGCGCUGGCCGCCGUGCUGGUGUCUGUGCUGGCGCCGGCGGCGACGGCGCAGAUGGACAGCUGCAGCGGCGACCUGCCGUUCGCGCUCGUCGGCAACUACUCUGGCCUCGCCUGCCAGCCCGUCUGGAACAACUUCGUGCUCCGGUACCACCAGGACAAGAACAACGUGCUGCGGGUGGUGCUGUCGACCAUGUACAGCACGGGGUGGGUGGGGAUGGGCUUCUCGCGGGACGGCCUCAUGAUCGGCUCCAGCGCCAUGGUGGGGUGGAUGGGCAAGAAGGGCCUCCCCCACAUCCGCCAGUUCUCCCUCCGCUCCAAGUCCGGCUCCAAGGCCGCCGUCGUCGACCGCGGCUUCCUCGUCUCCAACAACCACGACCACACCGUCGUCGUGCAGCAGGCCAAGAUCUACGUCGCGUUUCAGCUCAAGUUCUCCUACCGCCUCUCCCACCAGCACAUCAUCCUCGCCUUCGGCCCCGGCGUCCCCGUCAAGAACAAGCUCUCCAAGCACCAGGACAAGACCUCCUUCACCUUCGACUUCACAACUGAUCUUACAGCGUACGUGUUGGCCGAUGUGCAUGCAGGGAAAGGAUUCGCCGACGGGCCCUUCCCCUACGGCCUUCGGCGGGCGCACGGAGGGCUCAACCUCUUCGCCUGGGGCAUCCUCAUGCCCAUCGGCGCCAUCCUGGCGCGCUACUUCCGGCGCAUGGACCCGCUCUGGUUCUACCUCCACGUCGGCAUCCAGUUCGCCGCCUUCAUCAUCGGCCUCGCCGGGGUCGUCGCCGGCGUGGCGCUGUACAGCAAGAUCCAGGCCGACAUCCCGGCGCACCGCGGCCUCGGCAUCUUCAUCCUUUUCCUCGGCAUCCUGCAGGUUCUGGCAUUCUUCCUAAGGCCCAACACGGACUCCAAGUACCGCAAGUACUGGAACUGGUACCACCACUGGUCGGGCAGGCUGGUGCUCUUCUUCGCCGCCGUCAACAUCGUGCUCGGGAUCCACGUCGGCGGCGGCCACGACUCGUGGAAGAUCGGCUACGGUUUCAACCUCGCCAUCCUCCUCAUCACCGUCAUCGGGCUCGAGUUCAUGUUGUGGACCAGGUGGUCUAAGAACAGCGCUUCCACGCCGACGUAUUGA